GUCUUUAAAGAAGAGGAAGCUGUUGCUGUUAAUACUGAGGGUGAUAGUAUUUUGGAAGUGGCGAAGUCUGCUUGCAUGAAGUUUGUUAAUGAAUUGAAAGAUUUGGUCUUUGAUAGUGGAAUUGAGUAUUCUGAUAUGGAGUUAGGUGUCAGAAAACAGAUUUAUGAUUGCAUAGAGAGUUUUGAAACUAAUCAAUUAGCUGACAUUUUCAAUGAUAAAUCUGUAAAGUCUGAUAAUGUUGAUAGUGAGGUUCACUCUUCUGAUGGUCAUGAAGAAGACAAUUCUUCCGAUGAAGAGACUGAAAGUUGCAAUUAUGUUGAAGAAAAGAUUAGAAAUACUAAAUCUGUCGAUGAUGAGAGGGAAGAUGCUGAGUCUGCUGAGGAUGUGACUACAUUGGCUGAGGAUGUGACUACAUUGGCUGAGGAAGAGGUUAAAAAUGAUAAACCUGCUGAAGAUGUGACUAAGAUGGCUGAGGAAGAGAGUAAAAAUGAGAAGUCUGCUGAGGACAAGUUUGAAAAUGAUGAUUCUGCUGAGUAUUCUAUUAGAAAUGAGAAAGAUUCUGGUGGUGAGAGUAACAAUGAUACUUCUUCUGAUGAAUACAUCGAACAUGAAAGUGAGAAUGUGCAGAAAGUUUAUUAUUCAGAGAGUGGAAAGACUAUUGUUAAAUACAAUGCUGAGCAUGUUUCUGAUUUUGAGAUUGCAAAGAUUGAUGCAGAUGUUAAUUAUCAUAUGCAACCUGUUGCUGAUGAUCAAGCCAACGCUGAGCACGUUGCUGUACUAGAGAGCAGAAUUAUUGAUGCUGAGGGUAAUGAUCAGAUCAAACCUGCUGCUGAUGAUAAAUUGAAUGAAGAGCACGUUUCUGCAUUAGAGAGUGCGAAGAUUGAUUCUGAGGUUAAUGAUGUAGUCACACCUGUUUCUGGUGAUGUUGUGUCUAUUCCUACGUGUAGUAGAGGUGUGAGUAAGGUUUAUGGAAAACAGCCUGGAUUUGAAUUGUUUGUGGAACAAGAUGGUUAUUUUGAUGAAGUUGGUGAUCAAUCCGGCUUUGAUUUAGUUGGUAGAGGAAUUGAAGUGGGAUUAAAAGAUUCUUGUACUGAGAAUGUCAAUAAGGAUGCUUCUGAAGUUGAUACUUCUAAACCAACCAUGUUAGAUCAAUUGGUGCAAGAUGAAGUUGAUAAGCUUGCUGAUGUUUGUAGCGAUGAGUUUUUGCUAACUCCGGUUGAUGCUAAUUCUGAAAAGGUUGAUUUGGCUGUUCCUUCUAAUAAGAUUCCUUUAGAGAAGGUAAAUGAAUCUGAUGAGAUAGCUGAUCUUGCUGCUGCGGAGUCAGAUGUAUCAAAUGUUGUUGCUUCGUUGUCUGUUUAUAUUCCAACUGAGGAAAAGUUGAAUGAAUCGGCUGUUUUAGCUGUAAAGCCUGUUUCACCUAAAAUUGCAGAUAAAAAUGACGACACAGUUCCUGUUGCAAAAAGUAGACCAAAACUUGUUUUUAAAAGGAAAGCAGUUCAGGUUGAUGUACCGGCUGAAUUUGCAUUGAUUGAGCGAAUAAGAAAUUUAGACUCGGCAGAUAAAGUUAAAUCAAUGGGGCUGACUUUUACAAAUCAUUGUCCUUUGUUGAUGGAAAGUGUUCAUGAUAUGUGCAACCAAUUUUGGCUUUCUGAGUUUAAUGACUGGAUUGAAACUAACACGUAUAGGAGAAAACAUCCAACCAAUGAAAUUUACUAUCCAAGAGAAAAGAUAUUACGCCCAGGAUUUAGGCUUGGUGGAGAGGAAAUUACUAUAAAAGAUUUCUUCCAUAUUUUGAAUACACCUGGUGGUUAUUUGGAAUCGAGUCAUAUUGAUUGUCUGUUUACGUACCUGCGAAAGAAGUGUAUUUUUCUGAACAACAGCUAUAGUGUUUGUGGAAAUUGGUUUGAUCAGUAUGUGCAGAAUGGAUAUCGACUCUACCUCGAGAAUCAAAAAGUCACUGAUCUGCCUCAGUUUGAUGCAAUAUAUAAUUUUAUAGUUGGAGAGGAUGGACUUUAUAAGAGGGCAUGGGGCGAUCUGAAGUUCAUACUUUUUUCAGUUCAUCUUAAAAUUGAUGGCGAAUUUAAAGAUCAUUUUAUUCUUGCCAAGCUGAGUUUUGAUGAAAGAUGCUUCUAUGUGUAUAAUUCUUCUAGGAAUCUGCUAUAUGAUGAGCCUGUACGCGAAGCUAUGACUGCAUAUUCAACGUUAUUGCCAUUAAUUUUGAACUAUGUUGGAUUUUACGAUCGUACUGAUAUCAACUUCAACUCAGUUUAUUAUGUUGGCAAGAAAACAACUGAUCCAUUUGCUGUAGCUUUUAUGGAUGACCUUCCUGUUCAAGAAAAUUCAGAUUGUGGUGUGUAUGCUACUGCUUUUGCCGAAUAUUUGAUUGAAAGGAAGCGUAUUCCGAAGGCUCUUCGUAUUAAACAAAUACGUAACAGAUAUGCAGUUAAUCUGUUCAUGUAUGGUAGGUGGAAGAACAAGAGUGGUUAUGUAUCUGAUUGAAUUGUAAUUUUUGUUUUUGUUGUACAUUUGUUGAUUUGUUUUUACAGUUUUAGUAAUGUUUGACAAAUUUUUUUUUUUUUGUAAAUACUAUUAAGGAAGGAUUUGAUUUUAUUAUGAUA